AUGAUUUGACUCUACGACCGUGAGCACGCCUUAGAUUAGGCAAGGAUACAAUGUUACUUCUAAAUCAAGCCAUACUUUCAAAUCGAAUUAGAUGUAGGCAAUUGAAUUGAAAUAAUACACAUAGGCUAUAGCUUUUUAUAUCAGUACAUACAAUAGUUUAUACAGCAAAUAAACAUCAAAAUCGACCUGAAUUCAGGGGGAAAUCAGGAAUGUUUCUUCCGGUUCCUAAGAGUACAAAAACAAAACGGAAGCUGAUUUGUAGGGCCUGACAGAGGUGCAGUGGCACAUUACCCGAGGAAACCUUCAUCAGCAUCGCUGGCUGCACCCAAGUGGGGGGCUGCAUGGGUCUAGACCAAGUCCAGAAAGAACUGCUGGUCCCCCUCUCUCCACCUCGUAGAAGCUCUGUAUCCUUUAGCACUGAGGGGUCACUGGCUAAACGUGCACAGAACCUGGGACACGUAUCCAGAGCAGCAAACAAGGAAACAUUUCAGGCCUUAGCCCCUGCAGGACAUUGCUAGCGACAGAGAGUGCAACACAGUGCGCGUGUCCCCGAGGAGCCAUCAGUCCUCUCUUGUUUUGAGGGAAACGGGCAUCAAUACAUUGAGCCCACUUGGAAAAAUUCACCCCUCUAGGUCGGAGCGAGGAGCAUUCUUGCCGGGUGUGAUCUGGGCUCUCAGUGGGGAGGGGGGCAGAGACAAAGAGAGCGCGGCUCAACUCUGUCCGGAGAUGAAGCUUCAAGCUGUGAUGGAGAAUCUGCACAGGCAGCAGAGAGCCAAACUGCUGAUGGAAUUGGAGCAGCAGCAGCAGCAGCAGCAGCAGCAAGCAGGCCAGUCCCAGGCGCGAAACGCAGCCCAGUCCGACGUUGGAAACGCCGGGGACGAGCUCAUGGGGAGCCCAAACCCUGAGACUGAGCACGCUCAGAUGGCGGCGCUGGCCGCCAUGCGGGCCGUGGCAGCCGGCCUGCAGAGGGCCCCCGACAGCCCCGUGUCAGAGCGCAGCAGCGCGGGAGAGGAUGAGGAGGAGGAGGACGACGAAGAAGGCGAGGAAACGUACAAGGACAUGAUGGGCUCAGAGGAGGAGGAGCGUAUAAAGCAGAAGUGGGACGAGGAGGACUUUGAAGGGGAGAUGGAGGACGAUUAUGAAGAUGACCUGGGUGAGGAGGGGGUGCCUGCAGGGAGGGACACAGUGAUGGGGAAGGGCAUUCUCCUGCUCCCUCACCGCCGGCUACACCCCCACUCCCAGCUGAUCAAGGCCCGGCCUCUUACGGACCAGGAGCCUCGAGUAUCGGCUGUCCCACCCCACGGCUCUCACAGUCAGCUGGGUGGCCAGGAUCACGGGGACUGGACUUAUGAGGAGCAAUUCAGACAGCUCUAUGAAUUGGAUGGGGACCCCAAGCGCAAGGAGUUCCUGGACGACUUGUUCAGCUUCAUGCAGAGGAGAGGAACCCCAGUCAACAGGAUCCCCAUCAUGGCCAAGCAGGUGCUGGACCUAUACAUGCUGUACCAGUUGGUGACGGAGAAGGGAGGGCUGGUGGAGGUCAUCAACAAGAAGCUGUGGAGGGAGAUCACCAAAGGGCUCAACCUACCUACCUCCAUUACCAGUGCGGCCUUCACUCUCAGGACUCAAUACAUGAAGUACCUGUACCCUUACGAAUGUGACAAGAGGGGACUCAGCAAUCCAAAUGAACUGCAGGCAGCUAUUGACAGCAACAGGCGAGAGGGCCGCCGGCAGAGUUUCGGAAGCACUCUCUUCACCUACUCCCCCAACGGCACGCCCACCAUGCUCUCUUCCCCUAAACUCUCCAUGUCGGGCAUGGGCAUGCCCGGGGGCACCAAUGGGACCCCACUCACCCCCGUGCAGAAAAUCAAGAAAGAGGACGAUAGCGGCCAGCCGCUGUCGGGGGCGGGCCGGAUGCCGGUGGCUCUGGCAGGCCACUCGGUCAUGGCGGCGCAGGCGGCGGCCGUGCAGGCGGCGGCGGCUCAGGCGGCCAUGGCGGCUCAGGUGGCCGCGCUGGAGCAGCUGAGGGACAAGCUGGAGGCCGGCGAGCCGCCCGAGAAGAAGAUGGCCCUGGCCUCCGAGGAGCACCAGCGCCUCCUGCAGAGGGCGCUGCAGCACAACCUGCUCGCCAUGACCGCGCAGAUGCCCAUGAACAUCCGCAUAAACAGCCAGGACGGCAGGCAGGACUCUGCCCUCAACCUCACCACCAAUGGGAUGAGCAGCAUCAGUAUGUCAGUCGAGCUCAAUGGGGUCGUCUACACUGGUGUGCUUUUUGCUCAGGCAGCAGGGUCAGCCCCUUCAGGCCCAUCUGGAUCGUCAGGCUCCAGUAACAGCAAAGCCCCUGGUGGACGCAGUGGGUCUCAGCCUGUCCCACACACACCUACCUCCUCCAACAACACAUCGCCUUAAAAACCUCACAAACCUACCUUUUCCCUUUUCUGAUGCUAACUAAAGCCAAAAACCAACCUCAUUUUCUACGUAGCCUACGCCAAAAAAAGGACAAUAUAGAAAUUAAAACCCAGACCACUUGAAGUACACUAUCUCAGGUUCUCUUGCCUACCACAGAAUUUUUGUCUUUAUGCUUUGAAUUUGUUUAAUUUUCUUUCCACCUUCACUCAGCAGCCAAAAUAGUUGUGAAAUAUAACUAGAGCCAGUAUGGAGGUAUAUGCACAACCUGUGAAUAAUUUAUUUCUUCUUCAUAAAUGUACAGAUAACAUGUGAACAAUAUAACAAUAAUCAACAUUAAGGUUAAUGCACUGUUUACGCCAUUUUAAACAUCUACUGACUGACCGUGAAGCUACUUUUCAAACAAGAGGAAAAAGGAUUUUAAUUUUUUAUCUUAUAUUAAUGUUGUUAUUAUUAUUACAUGCUCAUUGCAAAAAAAAGUAUAUUUAGGGUUUAAAGAAAAAUGUGUAAAUAUCUUCUAUUUUAUUCUAGAUAAAGAUGCUUUAAAGUAUACGUUAUUUCUUCAGGGCAUAACAAAGCACCGUGGUGACCUCAUUAGUUUUUAGCUUCUUUUAAGCUUGCGUGAUACAGUUGAAAAUGAAGCAAUGUGUGAUGAGAGAGGAGAGUUGAUCUGUAACUGCAGGCAUACCUCAUAUGCAAGACUCCCCCUUUCCCCGUGAACCUCAGAGAGAUGGAAACUGAGCUCGUUUCCACCAGGCCUCUCAGGAUGUCUCUAGCUUUGGCUUUCUCUAUUGGACUCUUCCCCCAACUUGCAACAAGCUUAUUGUUACACUUGUGCAAAAAUGCUCAAUGACGGUUUUGUUCAUUUUCCUGCGAUACCAUACCAAUAUAGGUACUGUUUAUCCAUGCUAGAGGAAGAAAAUGAGAGUUUGCCCUCUCUUAUUUAAUAGAGAGUUCACCCUCUCACUUAGAAAGGAAAGUUUACCCCCCAGAGCCAUGGUUGCUGUAGAGAGCUGUGUGGGCGCGAGGCUGGACUGCAGGGGAUGGAGAUAGGGUGGCAAGUGUGUGUGUGUGUGUGUGUGUGUGUGUGUUUGCUUGCGUGUCUGUGUGUCCUUGCUCAUGUGCCUAAAAUAUUAAUCAAUAACAAGGUGCGCUUUGUAAAACAUCAAUGUUUAUUAUGUGGGACCUCAGUCUGAUGACAAGUAAUGGCUGGAUCUUAAUGGAUGUCCCUUUACACCUUCUGGGAAAAGAAACCUUAAUCCACUUCUGAUAUGGGAUAGAGUUGCUCUAUUUUAACAUCAUAAUGUAGAACACACUGCUUUAGACCCAAAGUAAUGGUUUUCUGCCAUACCUGCUGUUUUACUCAGCUACUGGCACUGAAUCAUUAUUGGAUCAUGAGUGAUCGUUUCCACAAGCUGCCAAUCGUUUGAAAUGAUGAAACUUGUCUUUGGCCCACCCCACCAAAAAAGUACUUUACAUGGAAUUUCUUGAUUUAGAUCCAGUUGCUUGUUUAAUUUUACCAACUUCAAAACACGUAUUAACAACCAAUAUGUACAGACAUACAUGUACACACACACACACACAUAUGCAAACACACAAACGAGAGAGCUUUGGUGCUGACCCAUUGCCUGACUUCACAUUUAUGCCAUUGUAAUUGCAAUUAUGUCUUCAUUUAUUUUGGGUUCACAAUUGUAUGAAAAUGCCUUUUUAAACGGGUUUAAUACAAAUUUACAGUUAUCUCUUUUUAUUCCAAAAUAUGGUGGAGCUUUAUUAAAAUACCUGGCAACUGUUUUAAACCUAAAGAUUGACUGGUAAAUCUCAAUUCAGCAAUUCACCUCCUGUAGUGGUGUGAAAAUAAUGUUGGCAGUGCAAUAAAGAUGUGCAGUUUACUCCUGAUUGUUUAGUUGUGUCCAUAGGAAAAUACUUUGCCUAUCAUGUUAGCCUGUCAUACUGGUAAAACCACCCAUUGGGGGGAGAGGGGCUGUCUUGGUUACUCACAUUUUUAUUCUUAAUACAGCUUCUGUGAAAUUGGUCAUAUCCAGACAGAUCUUUUCAAAGGUAGAAAAUUCCAUGGGAAUAUUGGUUGUUGAUUUAUACUGGUAAUAGAUUAGCACUUUUCUAGUAACAAGAGAGAUGAUUCUUUUGCUUCAAAACUGAAAUGUAUUACAAUUUUUCAAUUGGCAAUAUGAGAUUAGGUAAUUUGAUGAUAAUGGCUGGUGUAAUCUUAAAAUGGGUGUCUAAAUUCUGCCAGCAGCUAGCUUGCUGUUACAAUGAAAAUGUAUUCCUCAGAUUUACAUUGUUACCUAAAGGGAAGAUUAUAAUAUGCCCUGUUUUCUGUUUUCCAUUUAAUCCAUUUGUAUAUUAACUGUCAUUUUUGGUGUCCGUCUGGCAGAUCUGCAAGUUGGCUUGGUGUGCUUCGCAAGCACACAGACUGAUGCCAUGGGUAAUUUCCUUCCACUAAAAGAAAGCUUAGCUCCUUUUAACUGUUGCUGCUGGUCAGAAGAAUGGAGGUGAAGAAUUAGUUAUAAUCAGUGUAAAAGAAAACCAACUUAUUUCAUUAAAAGUUAUAUUGGCCGUGUUCAUUCCCCCCAGCCCCCCUAAAAAUUUGUUGCCGUUUUUGCAUGAAAAAUUAUUAGAUAUUCACAGCACCUUAUUUUCACCUACGCAUUGGAAAUGCCUAUGCAAAGAAAAUACAUUGAAAAUUUCAAAGAUAUUACAUGGACACAGUAGUCAUGUUGUCUCAGUUAAGUUAAUAUUUUCCAUCCAAAGUACUUUAAAAUAAAUAUUCUCUAGUCUCAUCUGUAGUAUCAUCUCAGACCUUUGUGAGAAUUGCUUGCUGGAUAUAAAUCUGAAUUUAGACUUUGAGAACAUUUCUGUACUGCUCAAGUAUACUGCAAAGAACGAUCGAGCUAAAGUGAGAGAGUGAAAAUUUUGAAUUGAUGUGGCCAACCAUUUCAAUGGAUUUGUGUUGGCAUGUACUGCGUGCGUGCGUGUAUGCACAUGGGGAGUGGGGUGGUUGGUCAGAGCAGUAUACUGUUUUUCUCAUGGUCAGUCUGAUGUUCUGUGAAAAUUAAAGCAUUGUAAGCAUUUAGAUUUUUAAUAAUUCUUUCAAAUCUGCAAUUAAUUAUCUCUAGUUUCACCAAAAAGGAUAGAUUUCCCAUUCUGUAAAAUUAAUUAUCAUUAAUUAGUCUUGUAGAGAAUAUAAUUUGUCCUGCAUCUGGAGAUGAGAAGUGGUAUGUGCAGAACAAGAAAAUGGCAGGCAAAAUGGAUUUGUUGGGUUCUUCAAUUUGCAUGAAAGAUGAGUGCUUGCCCUUUUUUCGUUUGUUUUUUUUUUCUUCUAAAAAAAGAGGUUAUAAAUAGAAAUAUAACUAGAACUUUCUUUUUAAAAAAUUAUAUUGCCAACAUGUAUGUGAAGAUUCAAUCACAUUAGUACUAGUAGUGCAGCAGAGGGUGUUUCAUAUAUGCAUGUUUGUUGAUUUUAUUGUUCCACGAAUAAUUAUUAUAAAUGUUAUUCAUUAUCCUGCUAAAACACCUCUACUGGUAUCUCCAUGGCAAGGUUGAGAGAAUGUUGUAUGCUGAAUUGGAAGUAUCAAAGGAAUGAAAAAAGAGAUAUCCCCACCUUUGACUCCUAUCUGACCUUUUAAAGAUAAUUCACUUGCUCUGAGAGUGCUAAACGUGCUUGGCAAUUAUGGACGCAAUAAUACUGCUGAUGAAAAGAUAGAGAUUUAUAUUGUGAUGUGUCAUGGCAAAGAAGGAAAGGAUGGGCGACUGGCAAUCGAUUUAAACCUUCAGGUCAGUACUGUUUGUCAGACUGACCUCUUGACCUGGUCCCAUGGGAGGUAUUUGGGUUUCUGUCAGAUUAUUGCUCUAUAGUUCUAUGAAGCCACAAAAGCUGAGGAUUCAGAAAUAUUUCAUGUUCAUUGCAUAGGUACGAAGGCCAAAGCUGUUUUUUGCAUUCUUGUUAAAUGGUUCAGAACCCAAAAUCAGUACGCUCUGUGUGUGUGGCUUAUUUAGCAUUCUCAGGGAAGAUCACUUUAUUUUGCCUUUACUUGUUUAUCAGGAAAUGUUACAACACUGAAUACCUCGUGUCCUGCAGACUCUCAUUCAGAAGUGAGGCCUUUUCUACCUCACAAGCAAGGCUUUAUGCUUGGGUCAAUUUACUGUAUAAAUAGUUGCCAGUAUCACCAGAAAUUAUCCAUCUUAGAUCUGAAUUGGGGGAAUGCAAUUCUGAAAUAUGAGAACAUAGAAAUAAGUGUUGUAUUACAAUAUUUGGUGGAACUCUUAUGAGGGGAUUUUGAACAUCUUCAUCGAUGUAUUGAUUCUACAGAAUAUUGUGUCAUCUAAAGUUGCUUAUAGGGGUUUCCUUGUUAGGUUUCCUUAUUUUUCUAAAUGUUGUUAUUAUAACAUGUCUGUUAUCAGGAGGAUUUCUGGCUUUUCUUUCAAUCCAUUUAUCAUCUGGUGUCAUUUUAUUGGUGAAUUUUCUAUGUAAGUUCUGAAUUUUUGUUUGUGUCCUGGGGUUUUUCUGGCCAUUCAGGUGGGCAUGCUUGUCACAUUUGCUCAGCUGGUCUUGCUUAUGGUUGGAGGUGUCAUUAAUGGCUUUUAUGUGGCUUGAUUUGCACUAAAUCGCCACAGAAUGAAUGAAUUCACAGCCAACGAAUUAAAUCUUAAGCACGAUGUCCACGACCCAAGCAUGUCUGGAUUUCUGUGUCAGGGUGUGACUUCCACACCCUGUAGCAGAGGCUGUAGUGCAGGGUAGCUUUUAUCUGGACUUUUCAACUGACAUAUAUACAAGAUAUUUUGGAAUCUGCUGACUUCAGGCUUUUGAUUUUGGUCUUGCAGGGGUGUCAUGGAGCAUAGAUGACUCGUUGCUAUCACCUAGUGGAUGCAAACUAACACUGCAACAACAAAAUUGACUUAGUUCAGUGUUGUGUGAGAAGUAAUGUCAUAUCUGUUAGUUUUGAAAGUUUUUUCUUUUUAUUGGUCAUUACUUGGUGUGAUUUAUUAUUUCUGAGCUACCCCAUUUUCUAUUCCUGCCUCUUAUAAAGUCAGAAAAUCCAAAAAAUGGAUUUGCCAUAAAGGCAAGGUUUUACCAUGUAAAUAAUGUAACAAUUGAAAGACUUAUGAUUAUAUUAUUUUUGCUUGCAAUUCCAGUGUCCUUGUUCAGAAAGCUUUCGAAUAUAAUCGGCUGUUACCACAAAGCAAACAGUUACUCUGAUCUGUGCCAGCAGCAGGAUUUGUGAGGUGGUGUCUGUGCUUUUUAUGGUUAGUUCCUGGCAUGGAUGUAUAAAACAAAAUCCCCUCUCUCACACAGUUGCUUAUGUGCUGAUUUUGUUGGGCUAUCCAGAACAUGCAAUUUUCUCUAGAUCAGAAAUGAGUUGACAAAACGUUGACUGCCCUUAUUAUCAGCAUUGUGGUUUGUGUGUUCCUAGACACACUCCCAGUGGACCUGUCCAGCUUUCUUGAAGUCAUCAGCCCACUGUAUAAGAGACUGUGCAAGGUACCUUACUUGAGGCUUAGAGCUUGAAUAGAACUGAGCUCUAAUAUAAGAAUCCUGGGGGUGACUUCACCGUCCAUAAUGGACACGUGUAUACAGUGAUCCUUGCUAUAAUAAAUUUAAUUUCUUUUUGUUUGGAAAAGCUUGCUUUUUUAGUGUGUCUAUUGUUAGGUAUCCUUUUUGCAGGGGUUGCAAGUGAAAAAGUGCAACUUGAUUAUUAGCCUUAUACUUAAGACAAUUCAUAAAAAGUACAAGCUUGUUCUAGAUAACUAGGUCAGGUAGAUUGUAUAUUGCAAGGACAACCAAAAUGUAUGUGAAGACUUUGAUAAAGAAAAAUAUUAAGAUGUAUCUCUUCUGUAAUUAUAAGAUGCCUUAUGCUGUGACAAUUCUUAUUUCAAAUCACCAUUAUAUAAAAUUAUUACACUUUCAAAAUGCCUUUUUGGUUCAAUUUAUUCUUUUAUCUUUAUAUUCGCCAUUAAUUCAGUGAAGAUUGUUUCAGAGCAAUUGACAAUUACAAAACUAAAAAUGUUAAUUAUAUCUUUUUAAUCUUGAGGAUUAUUGGGUUGAUAAUUCAGUCAUAUUAACUAUUUUGUAGACAUAAAGUCAGAAUAUGAACAAGGCAUUUGUCUUCAACUUCUCAGGAAAUACACUUCUACCUCCAGUUUUACCAGUUCAUGCAUUCUUGGGCAAAAGUACAGUUUUGAGUAAGUAAGGGGUUGCAAUCUUUCAUUUUAGGGUUUUAAAGGGCAUCUAGAGAUAUUUUAUUCUCAAUUACUUUUCAGUUGUUAUAUAAGACAUGACUUUAACCUGAUGUGUUCUGAGAAAUUUUCUGAAAUAUAUAAAAAACUUUAUUUGGAUUUUGAAUCAGUGGCUGUAAGAAUUGGUGUGCAAAUUCUUGGUUCAUUCAGGCGCAUUCCUUGGGUCUACAUUAUAAAAUAUUUUAGAUGCCCUUUAAUCAGACAUCUUUGUGUAGCACGUUUCAUUUGAGCAGUUUUUGUUUAAGGAAAAACUACUUCUGCAACUUACAGUACAUCUUCCAAGUAUGUCUUGGCAUAUGUAUUUUCCUGUCCUGUACAUGUGUGAUAUUUCUAUUUCCCAUAAUGCCAAACUAGAAUCCGCUUGAAAUAUUUUGGGUGACGCAUGUGGCAUGUCAUGUUUUUAUAAUGACCAGUUGUCAGAAAAUUGCAAAACAGAUUUGCUUCCACGUGAUGUUGUCUAAUUACAUUUCAUAAGAAUAGAAUGCAAUGCAGCCUCCUUGCAACUUCUGAAAGGUGAAGUAAAUAAUUGCCUUUUUACUCAAAAUUGUGUUUGUGCAUGAUUGGAAGGUUUGUUUUAGUACAUUAUUAUUUAAAUCAGCUGAACAUGUAAACAGAAUAUUUCGUUUAUACAAUCAACUUUUGGAGAUAAAAAUGAAAACCGGUUGCAGCACAAGAAGACAAUGAAUGUGUAACACAAAUGUAAGGAAAUGCUAAUAUGUUCUUUCUCAUUUUAAAAGCAACUCAUUUUUAAUUGCACGGUUAAACAAAAGUUACAUUAUACACUUUCUUGAAAUACACCGUUUGCUUUAGUUUCUUUACUUGAACAGUUUCACUUGACAGUUGAAAGGCCUUUAUGUAAACCAGAUUUUGCAGGAUUUUGGCAAUGUGAGAAAUCAUUGUACAGCUUUCAUAAAAAGGGUUUGCUUUUUAUUUCCUGUUUUAUUAGCCCUGUCUUCUUUACUAAUGUACAGUGCAUUGUUGCUCUCAAUUUUUACAAAGGUUCAGGUAUUGGUUUGUAGCUACUUAUAGCAGAAAAAGACAAAAAAACUUUUGAAGUUUACAUUUUCUAUGUCAUACAUCAUAUUCAAUCUCAAAAUACUAAACCAAAAAUGGAGUUUCAACUGUAAGCAAAUACUAAAGAUUAUUAAUAAAGUACAGUUCUGAUAUUA